AUGACCUCCCCUUCCACCUCUCGCAUACCGUCUCUCUCCUCUCCGGCGGCGCAGAACCCCGUCUCUACCCGGCUGUACAAGGUCCUCAGCGCGAAUUUCGACGACGAUGCAACACGUGAGGCGUUAGAUACGCUUGCGGAGCUGUACGCUCCUGCUCGUGGUGCCGGGCACACGGUAAAUGGGAAGGGCAAAGAGGUCAAGCUAGACGGUGACCUGGAUGGCGAUGCGGAGGAUGAGAAUGAGAGUCUCUCUACGUUGAAGCCUAGUGGCUUGGUCGCAGCGGCGGCAGUGGAGGAAAGCGUUCCCGGAGACAUCGCCGCAAGAGCGCGGAAGAACCUCCGGAGGGAUGUCGAAAACAAGCUUGCGGAGUCGAGUCGCCAAUUCCUGUCUGCAUUUGGGGAGGUAGACAAGCAAUUAGAUACCUUGCAGGAGCACAUAGGGCUUAUGCGCGUGCGGUGUGAUGAGGCACAGACUCAGCUACACGAAACGAAUGAAGCAUGCAAGUCUCUCCUUGAUCGCGCAGGUUCGCUCCGAGAGCAGAGACAAGGCGUUGCAGUCCGCCAGUCUAUCAUUGCCCUGUUCCUCUCCCGCUUCACCCUCUCCGCAGAAGAGAAAGAAGCCAUCACGUCCCGCGACGUUCCCGUUGGCUCACGCUUUUUCGCCGCGAUGGACAAAGCGACGAAGAUCCGCGACGACUGCCGCGUGCUCAUGACCGGCGACGAGGGCGACACGAAGGCAGGCAUCGACAUCCUCUCGGCAACAGCGACGCACCUCGAGCAGGCGUACGACAAGAUCUUCCGGCACUGCUCGUUCGAGUUCCGCCAGAUGGGCAAGGACGCGACCAGCCUGGACGUCCCCCCAGCUCUGAGGGAGGCAGUGCGGAGGCUAAGGCAGCGGCCAGAGCUCCUGCAAGAAGCGCUGCAGUACCUCUCACAAACGCGCCAGGCGACGCUUCUCUCCGCGUUCAUGGAUGCCCUGACCCGCGGCGGGCCCGGUGGGCUUCCACGCCCCAUCGAGCUGCACGCGCACGAUCCGCUCCGGUACGUCGGCGACAUGCUCGCAUGGGUGCACCAGGCGAUCGCCGCCGAGCGGGAACUCCUCGAGAGCCUCUUCGGGGUCCGCGGCGACCGCCGCAUGGUCGGCGCGCCGCGUGAGUUCUCCGAGUCAGAGGAGGAGGGCUGGAUGGGCGAGAUGAUGGACGGGGCGGUCAAGGGCCUGUGCGGGCCCCUGAGGGUCCGGGUGCAGCAGACGGUGCGGUCGCAGGAGAGCAGCAUCACGAGCUACAAGAUCGCGAACCUGCUCGGAUUCUACCUGUCCACGAUGCAGAGGACGAUCGGAAGGCAGGCGCUGCUGUCGAGGACACUGGAGGAGCUCACGGAGCUUGCGUAUGGGGUGUUCUACGGCGCGCUCGAAACCCAGGGACGGGGCUUACUGAGGGUGCCCCUGGAUCUCGACGAUACCGGCGUUUCGCCGCCGCUCGCUAUCCUCGACCAUGCCCAGGUGCUGCGAGAGAUGAUGAUCGUGUACGAGUCAUCUCUCGUCGGGAAUGAGAACGAGGAGGAGCUGCAGGCCGGUUUCCGGGAUAUUCUCGACAAGAUGGUCGACCCAGCGCUCGAGAUGUGCUUAACGGGUGCAGAGGAGAAGAAGCGUCAGCGGCCGGCAUGGGACAAGGCCGUGUUCGUGCUAAACACUCUAGCGUAUCUGCAGACAGUGCUUGAGCCCUUUGCAUUUGCCGUCGAGAAGCGUGGCGUUCUACAGGGGCUCGUGGAUGCGAAGGUGUUACAGCUGAUCGAAGAACAUUUCAAGGACGUCCUAUCUGACUCUGGGCUGGCGGAGAUUGCUGGGGCGUGCGAAGGCCGACGCGCGAAUGAGCCGUUGUCACGCAUCCCGGCCGCCGAGCCCGCGGCGUUGCAGGCAGCGCUGCACCGGUUCUCGGAGUGGCUGUCCGGGGAGGAGGUCGUGCAUUCGCCGCGACUGUCGCUGCUGACGAUGCAGAGCUUGCACACGCGGGUGCACCAGGCCGCGCUGAAGCGGCUGGCGGAGACGUACGAGCGGGUGUGCGAGGAGGUGAAGAAGGCGGAGAACAAGUACGAGGCGGCGGCGACGCUGCUGGGGAGCGAGCGGCCGUUUGGGCAGGUGCGGCUGCUGUGGCAGAUCUUUGGGCUGCAGGACGAGGGCGGACAGUAUGGAGGAUGAUGUCGUCCUGGCAGUCAUAGAUGUCGUAUGCUACGCAGACCGGAUGAGAACACUAGGAAACUAUAGCCACCGGAUGCC